AUGCUCGAGCAGCUAUGGAUGUCUGAAGGAUUUUUGAAACCAAGGAGUGGAAAAUGUUUGGAAACACUUGCGCAAGAGUAUUUUAAGGAAUUGGUUGAUAGAAAUCUCGUUUUAGUUGAUGAGUUGGGGUCUACUGGAAACGUUAAGUAUUGUAAAACUCAUGAUUUGUUGAGAGAUUUGUGUUUGAAAGAAGCUGAAAAGGAAAGAUUUUACCACGUCGUAAGAGAUGAUCCUCCGGCCAGUAUUAGCGAACGUCGAGUCGUUCUUAAAACUGCAGGGUUGUUAGCAUCUUUGUCACAUACUCGUUCAAUAAUAUGUCAGUAUGACAAAGCAGUACCUGAGGAUGGCAAAUUUCUACCGUCUCAGGAUCUUCGAUUGUUGAGGACAUUCAGGGCAAGUGAUAAUUAUGAUAGUUAUUUCCUAGAAAAUGUGAUUGAAUUGGUGAACUCACGGUACCUUGCUAUCAGUGUUCAUCAUGAGUCCAGAUUCUCUAGUUCAAUUGAUCUCCUUUGGAAUCUGCAGACAUUGAUUAUUUAUUCAUCUUUUGCGAACAAUCUUCAUGCACCAAAUGAAAUAUGGAAAUUGCAUCAACUUCGGCAUCUUGAAUUUCCGGAAAAAUUGAUUCUCCCAAAUCCUCGUAGUGACGAUAGUGACAUUGUCAUUAUGGAGAAUCUACAAACACUCAAAGGAGUUGAGGAUUUGUUAUUGAAUGAGGAGGUGGUUAAACGAAUUCCCAAUGUGAAGAAAUUGGAUUUAACAUACUAUUCGGAUCAAAAGGAGGGACAAAACUGUCUAAGCUAUCUUCAAUGCUUCAGUAAAUUGGAAAGCUUACGCUGCAGCACCCUUUAUCAAAGUGGUGACUUUUUGCUGAGGAUUAAUUUCCCCAAUUCUAUCAAGAAGUUGGUUGUUAAAGACCUUUAUAGCACGAAGUUUGGCACAAAGUUGGAAGACAUAUUGCCUAAAAUCGGUUCGUUGCCUCUUCUUGAGAAGCUCGUAUUUAAAAAUGGUGUCUUCAAAACAGGCAAGUGGGAAACAAUUGAAGGCCAGUUCCAGAAGCUCAAGUUUCUAAAGUUGUCGGGUUGUAGUGGUCUAGUAAAUUGGAUUGUGUCAGACAGCUCCCACUUUCCACUUCUCGAGGAGCUUAGACUCUAUUAUUUUUCCGAACUCGAGGAAAUCCCAUCUGAAGUUGGAGAAAUAGCAACGCUGAAAUCGAUUUGGAUGUAUUGGUGCAGUGAAGCAGCUGUGGCGUCAGCGAAAAAGAUAGUAGAAGAACGUGAGGAUCUAUAUGGAGAGCAAUUAGACCUUUGUGACUGGUAG